AUGAUGGUCAAAUCGUACGCUCGUUGUUCCGAAAAGAACAUGCGCAUGAGCCGUGACCUGGAAGGAACAGAAGUUUUGCCUGUUAUAUGGGGGGAACUUUUGACUUGGUGGGCCAAUUUUCGAAUCAUUGACGGCACCAUCGGAUUACCGAGUGAACAACGUUUUCGUUUUUCGGAUGAAAAAAUCGUUCGGAAAUCAAACCAUGUGUGGCGGGCAUAGGGGUCCAUGCACACUGGGCUUACAAUUGCUGCUUCUACAGGAGUUUUGCAUUUUUCCUGGAUUUUAGCAGUUUAGGGGCAAAAAAAAAAAAAUGCUCCUAAACUUUAUACAAGUAUUUUUUUCUGCCAAAAGAAC